GUCAGUCUCUGCUGCUGGCCAAGGGCGGUGGUCAUGACGCCUGUUAGAAGUAGGACACGACGGCCGCCUACCCCUACCAGGUAGAUGCGGAUCUUGCUGCUCCCUUGGAAACAUCAUCUUGUUCUGUUGGGUCAAAUCAAGAGUAGUCGUCCGGUGCAGAGAUCCUGUGCUUCUUUAACUUUACCUCCGGCUCACUGCCACUCUAACAGACCUUCUUUGUUUACAGCCUCAUCCGCUCUCCGCCACAGGGUAAUACUACACGGGUGUCACGAACACGACCCAACUCAGGUCUUUCAACGUCCACCGCAGCACCCUGCAGACACAAGCAACACCUCCUACUAUCAACAUAUAUCGACUUCGGGCACAUAUCCACUCGUUCAACUGCUCCGCUGUCCAACAGCCUGAUCAUUCACUACGCACAAUCGACCUGAAGAGGAAGCAGCAGCCAGCACAAAUUCAGGCUCUGCACGCUGGUACGACUGCUUCGAACCACAUUGGCAUCCCGGAACGGCGUCUUGCUGCUUCGCCCACGAUCGUCCCAGCCGCGUAGCGCAGCGAUUAUCGAGACUCGGUACUUGAGAGAUCAACUACACGUUCAUCGACGUCAAAACAAACGCUACGGCAUCGGAACAUUUGGAACUCAAACCGAUUUUGAGUAUUGCCUUCCCGAAAGUCAGCGCUGAGAGCCGCUGCAAGGCGUCCAGCGGGUCAUCUCGAUACUCGGCCUUCAAUUCGUGCGUUAGCGACGGAUCCGCCAUCGUGCCGUUGGCUGAAGCCGGGCCGAACAAGAAGCGGACCGUGUUGCGUCGAGCUUGGGCCUGCCCUAUCGCCUAUCGCCAAGCGAGCAACAGAUGAACGAGUGAGCCCGCUCGGUCGCAUUCACGCACGACGCCCGCACCAAAACGAGAAGGCGCGUCUGCGAGAGCGAGAGAUUUGAUUCCCACGACGAGCGCCACGCGAAAGUCAGGUAAUCGAGCGAGCGACCAGCGUCCAAAUCGGCGCACGCUCUCAGCAACAUCCAGCUUGAACGAUCGACAACGGCACAGGCCGAACAUAUGACCAUUGUGGUGACGAUGGAGCAAGGACCAAUACUCCAGCAGCACAUUCCGAUCGACCACUACUCGCUCCCUUCGGAACACGACUACAACGACCACCAGUAUGCAGGCCACGCGCAUCAUUCCUCCUAUAAUCCAGGUGGAGCUGCUGUUGAGCACCUCCGCCGCGAAGCCUCGACAUCGCUCCAGGCUCCCGCUGCAUUCCCCUUCAAUUCUGCAAAUGGCGCAUCAGGAGCUCGCUUCGACCCAGCGCGAGGCGUAGUGGCCGAAAACAACAACUAUCAAACCUCGAAUAUUUUUGCCGACUCCAGCUCGGGCUCCAUGAGCUCGCCCUCGAGUGCAGCCUCAUCCUCGCUCGCUUACACAAACUAUCCUCAUACCCAUUGCACAAGUAUUCCCAGCUUUUCCGGAUCUGUACAACAACCCCAGGCGUUCACGCAACUACCCUCGUAUAAUAGUACGCGGGAACUGCCAAAUUUGGAUAGUAUUGGCAGUGGUAUGCCGCCGCCUGCGAUACGGCCCUCAUUCUCGAGCUCAGCGGCCGAUCGUGAAGCUUAUUCCAACUCGACUCCCUUCCUAGCUCGAACGCAAUUCUCACCGGGUUCCGCGCCUGGGUACUCGUCCUUCGCAGACACACCGCGAACAUCACUUGGACUCAACGGCCUGUCACUGCACCACAACACCUAUGCUCAAGCGAGUCACAUGGCUUCAUCACCAACGUACGGCGGCCAACAGAAUGAGUGUAGCAACUUCCCGUGGCCCAACCUCGAAGUCCACGCCGAGAUGACCUGCGAGGGUGAACCAGUCACACCCGAGGUCCAUGCCAAAGUCGAGAAAGGCUUCUUCUUGUCUACCGUCGACCAGAAAUGGACGUGCUACAGACGCAACUACUUCUCGGUGCAAUGUAGCUUCGAGUUGCACCCGAACAUCAACAAUGGCCGCAUGCACCUCAAGCGGAACAACGCUUCGCACACGGAGCCCAUUCAAGCGAUGGGUAUGCGCCUGUCGGCUGCUGUAGAUGGAUCGCAGGGCAAGAAUAUUGAGUUGGUACAGCACACACCGAAGCGCGACAACGGGCCGAAGAACAAGAUCGAUGUCACCAAAGUCCUUCCCGCGCCAUCUGUCGGUCGGAACGAUCACGGAGUCCCAUCACACGGUAUCUACCAGGUCCCGUUGUCAACGUUCCAUGCGACUGGCCAGGUGCCAAGUCCCUUCCUUCCGCUUCAGUCCAGCGGCGACGGCUCGAAUGUGGCAUCUUCCGUGGCCGCCCAGGCGUCCUCUUUACCGGCACAGUACGGCUAUCCGCCCGCGUCACAUCUGCCUCAGCCGGGUCAGAAUACCAAUCACACCUUCGAGCGGGUGCAAUUCAAGCAGGCCACAGCUAACAAUGGUAAACGCCGAGCAUCUCAACAAUACUUUCACCUGAUUGUGGAACUUUUCGCAGACGUUCGAAAAGACGGCAGCGCUGAUCCCACGUGGGUCAAAGUUGCUCAUCGUGUCAGCGAGAAGAUUGUGGUACGCGGUCGGUCACCAAGUCACUAUCAAAACGAGGGCCAACAUCAGAAUGGUCGCAGUGGCAGCACCAGUGGUGGGAGUGGCUACGGUGCGGGAGGUGGCUCGACGUUCGGCAAUCUCUCCACAGGCGGUUUCCGCCAAUCUGGUACCUCAUAUGGGGGCGGUCUCGGCGGCGGCAACUACCGUACCAACAACACGUACGGACACCACGCAUCGCCUGAUCACUCCGGCAGCAGUGCCUCGAGCGUAGACGGAGGUGCCGAUAACGAAUACCAGGCCGAUGCUGCCAUGUCAGACGCAGAACGAAAUGACAUACAAACGCACGAAGGAUAUCGUUACUACCCUGGACCUUUGUAUGAGGGCAUACAGCCAGGUCUUCCCUUGCCCAAGAUUGAAAGUGCCGCACGAUACUCCACCGAGCCGUCGCAAUGGACUGCCAAGUAUGAAUCCUCUGAUACCGGUCCUGGUCCCGGGGCCCACUGGCAUCAGCCUGGCGGCAUGAGUAGAUUCCAAGGAGUCGACUCCAGUCGUGGUUACUAUUCCGAUCAGCUUGUCACUACGUACGCUGGUUGAGAUUUUUUUUGUAUCGCAUGAAAACGCAGUCGACGGCAAGGCAAAGAACAGUACAGGCAGGAAGCCUGUCCCUUCCAUGUUGAGCGAAAGCAUGUUCGACGCUAGUUUCCUUUGUAUCGCAUGUGCUGCGUUGGUCAUGGAAGGAAUAGACCACUUGCAUCGCACAGUGCGGGCGCUCGAUGCACGUGGUAUGCGUAACGCUACACCACAACGACGGACAUCACCACCACCACCACCACCACACCCAUGGAGUUUUGCUAUGGUCUUCGCUUCUCACAAUACCCUUGGUUGGCCGACAGCUACAAGCAUGAUUAUUUUAAUACGUGGACUUCAGAGGUGACUCACGGCGCACACUUUCGGCAUUUUGCGCGGAGCGUUACAGCAGGAAGUAGCAUCAGGGCGUAAAAGAAGAGGGCGGGGAGGGGGGAGGGGGGAGGGGGGGAAAGCAGGGAAGCUUGAACAAGCUUGAUUGGCGUAUGACAGAGAUGGCUGAACAGAAGCUGAAGCUGAUGGAAUGUGCGACGAUGGACAAAGAAAAGUGUGUUUUUUUGGUUUUGUUUUUUCACUCUGGCGAAUUUCUCUCUUGUUUGCUUUUCUAAUGAUGUAACGAACCGUGUGUGUUUGUGACUUGCAUGAAUAUCGACAGCAAAGACGACCAGUGAGCAGAAAAAGACAAAAGGUGUCACAGUAUAGUAGAAGAGAAGAAGAGAGAGAGAGAGAAAAAGACUUUUAUUGUAAGAAAACAUACGAAGAUGUUUCGACAUGGGCUGCCAACGAGAGAGAGAGAAAAGAAAAGAAGAGGGAGAUAUGAUGAUGAUGAUGACGAUGAUGAUGC